AUGCAAUGUGACGCCACGCGACGCAGAGCACGUCGCGGGGACCCCGAAAUCCUGGGGUCAGGGAACAUGGCGGCCUCGGAGUCCGGCCUGGUGGGCGGGGGCUGGGGCGUCGGUGGCGCCGGCAUCGGCUCUAGCUGUGUUGGCCCUGGCCCCGAGGCCGGCGACUUCCUGGCCCGGUACCCGCUGGUGUCCAACAAGCUGAAGAAGCGGUUUCUGCGGAAGCCCAACCUGGCGGAGGCCGGCGAGCAGUUCAGGCCGCUGGGCCACGAGCUGUGCGCCCAGUAGUGCCUGGCCUGCGCGGCGUGGUGCCAUCUGGACGUGGCGCGCUCCCAGCAGGCGCUAUUCCACGGGCCCCGGAAGGCGCUGCGCGACGUGGGCCAGCCGGCCCUCUCUGACCACUUCCAUCGUGCAGCCUAGCUGCAACUGCCCCUUCUGCCCCUGACUGUGCUGUAGUCGCUGGCAGGCAAUGCUGCCUCCUUCCAGCUGUUGGCGUGCGACUACACAGGUGCUCUGGCAAUCCUGACAGUCAUGCAGUGCCUGGCGCUAGAGCAUGGUGGCUACCCAGUGCACCUACACCAGCAGCCACAGAUUUCUCUGCUGCCAGUGCCUCCCGGGCCCCAGAGCCAACAACCACUGCAGCUGCUUCCGGGUCCCCAGCCCGGAUCCUUUCAGGCCCCAGUCCUGCUCUCCAAGAACCCUACUGGCGCACCUGCUAUUACUGAUGCAGCAGCUGUUGCUGCUGCUGCUGCUGCUGUGGCUCUGGUAGCCACAGCACCCUCUCUGGCUGUGCCGGCUGCCUUUUCCGACUUGGUCUUUCGCUGUGAGGUGACCUGCGUGCUGCUCCUGCUUUGCUGCAGCCACCACCUGCCCAAGCACUCCCACGCGCUGGAGAAGUAUUCCUGGGAGGCUCUGGACAGUCACUGGCAGGAGAGUGGCAGCCACCUCCCUGAGGAGCUCUUUCGGUUGCUGCAGUCUUUGGUCAUGGCUGCCCACGAGAAAGACACGGAAGCCGUUAGUUUGCUGCAGGUGAUGUGGCCUCUGUUGACUGCUGAGCAGAACCACCUACUUCCUCUCAUUAUGCAGGAAACCAUCUCUCCCUCAGGACAGACAUGUGUCUGAUAGAUCACAUUAACCAGACAGACAUCUGUCUUGUCUUUUCUUUUUUGUCUGGUAACCAACCUUUGCGUGUAAGGGAGAAAUAAAAGAUGUCGCCACUG